UGGGUCUCCCUGGGAGCGGGUCUGCCCUUGUGGGAGGCCUCUCGGCUCUGUGCCCUGCGGCUCGGCUGACCUUCGGGGCGGACCUAAGAGGGGCUCGGCGCCCGCCGCGUGCACAUGUGCUAGCCCAGGCGGGAGGCAGCUCCUCCGCGGAGGAGUCCAGGAAGAGCGGGAGGGAGAGGCGCGCCAGAAUCUCGGUCCCGGGCGCCCUGGUCGGCCGCGGAGGAGCUGCAGCCUCCAACAGGACUGUGCGUCUCUGGCGUGCCAUCUGCUCUGCUCAUUGACUGAAGACUCCUGCAUUCCAGCUCAGCCAGGAAGCAAAGGUUGCCACAUCUCCCCGAGGCAGGCCUGCCGGGAGCGCUGCAUGCAAAUUCAGUUGCGGGCUAGGGCACGCUAACCGCAGUCGUAGGCAUGGAUUUUGUCAUGAAGCAGGCCCUUGGAGGGGCCACCAAGGACAUGGGGAAGAUGCUGGGGGGAGAGGAGGAGAAGGACCCGGACGCGCAGAAGAAGGAGGAGGAGCGGCAGGAGGCGCUGCGGCAGCAGGAGGAGGAGCGCAAGGCCAAGCACGCGCGCAUGGAGGCCGAACGAGAGAAGGUCCGGCAGCAGAUCCGAGACAAGUAUGGGCUGAAGAAGAAGGAGGAGAAGGAGGCUGAGGAGAAGGCAGCCCUGGAGCAGCCCUGCGAGGGAAGCCUGACCCGGCCCAAGAAGGCCAUCCCCGCGGGCUGCGGGGACGAGGAGGAGGAGGAGGAGGAGAGCAUCCUGGACACGGUGCUCAAAUAUCUGCCUGGGCCGCUGCAGGACAUGUUCAAGAAGUAACCAGCCUCCUGCCCCGCCCCCACUCCCCUUGUUACUUUUUUUUUUUUUUUUUUUUUUUUUUUUUUUUUUUUUUUUUUUUUUUUCAGUUAAGUCUCAGUUCUGAAGGGGAAAACCUCAGUUGGCCUCUGCUCCCCUUCCCUGGCCAGGGGCUUCUCCCCCUGAGCACUCCCUGACACCCCUUCAUCCCAGGGAUCCAGCCCUCACCUCACUCCCAAGUUGCUAGAAAAAGUGAAGACAGCUUUUCCCCAGAAGGGGGCAUUGAACCCAGUGUGGGAGGCAAGGGGGGCCCCUCCAGAAGCCUCAAGUCCGUGCUAGUGUAGUAACCCCCCUACAUUCCUUCAUGUGCCCCACUGCCAGGAGGACCACCGUCCCCAGCCAGCCAAAGUAAUGACACAUUCCAGCCCUGCCCAGCAUGCUGACCUUUGGCCUCUGACACCCAGGUCAGAGCAGGGGCGUUGAAUGGCCUGGCUCUGAGGAAGGGAGUCAGGGUAAGCCUGCCCUGCAAGGGCCCUGCCCUGAGAGGCCCCACUGUAUUCUGGCCGGGCCUGGGUCUGGGCAGGAGGCUGGGGCUCUUAUUCUUCCAUCCCCGUGAUGACACCCAGCCCAGGAGCACCCCUCCCCCAGCCCCCACCAGAAGAGGUAUAGCCCCUGCCAAGCCAGUCCCUCCAAACGGAUCCUCUUUGGACUUUAACUCAUCUGUGGAGGGUCCCCGGGUAGGGCAGCCCCUUGUUCCCCCCACUCCACUUAGGUCCUGGUGCCCCACUGCCAGGCUGGGCCCAGCUUGCCCAGCUGAGGGGCUGCCCAGGCCCCCCCAGAAAACACUCGGAGCCAUUGGGCAGUGAUGGCCCAUGCCAUGGGAGCCUCCCCUUGGUGCAGCCAAGCUGCCCCCAUUUCUAUCCACCCCUCUUCCCCACCCUGUCCUGUCCAUGUGUUUCUAGAGCCCCAUGCUCCCCAGGAGGACCCUACCUGGCCAAAGCCCCAAGCCUCUGGGGAGAAGCCAGUUCCCACUUAACAGAGGCCUCUGUCCAUUCUUCUCAUUGGCCAAGAACAAACUCUCCUCUGGGAUGAGUGAGACUGGCAUUUGUCCCUCACCCCCAAAGUUGUCAAGGCCUCCUGCUCAAUUGGUUGUGUGAGAACUGGGGGGCCAUGGAGCACAUGAGAGAGGAAAGUGUGUGUCCAUUCAUGCACGAGUGUGUGUAGCAGAGACUGCAUCAGCAAUUGUGUGUCCAGAGAGUGUACAUAUAUGUGUAUGGUUAGAGUGUGUGUGUCUUGAGAUCGUGUAUCUGUGUUGGUCAUCAUAUCCCUGUGUUAGAGACUGUGUAUGCUAGGCAGCGUUGCAUACGUGGGCUUGUGUAAGGUGGUGUGUAUGAGUUGAGAUUGUGUCAUAUGUGUGAGCUAACCAUCUCACGUGUGUGUUAGAGCUGGCAUGUGUUAGCUUGUAUCUGCAUGUGUUUUCAAAACAGCAUGUGUGUCAGGAGUGACGGGUAUGUGUUAGAGGUUGUAGAAGUGUGUAUGUGAGAGAGUUGUCAGAAGUGCUGAGACUGUUGUGUGUGUGUGUGUCGGUCUGAAAAGGCAGUGGUAUGCAGGGACGUGUGCUUGGGGAGAAAGAACAUGAGUCAGAUGCCCCCUCUCAGCCCCGAGACCAUUGGUCACAGGUGGUCACAUCCAACAGGAGACCUUGUCCUUGGCCUAGAGUCCCCCCGCCCUCGGGGGGUUCCUGCCUGAAGUCCUCAGAAGUCUGCUGUGACAGACCCAGGCAGUGCCCCAAGAAGCCAUGC